AUGGCUUUAGCAAACUUCAGACUCUACUCGUGCCAUGGCAAACUGAGCCCUCAGGGCGCACCAGAGAUGAGAGAUUCAGAGCAGUCAGCCAAAGAAGCUGUAUUGGUGUUACCACUGAAACUUGCUAAAGCCACACCUCCAGGCUCCGCCCCUAUCCACACCCUCAUCACAACACAACAGAUUCCCCAUGGAGCCGUGUCAAACGGUGCAGUUCCAGGGGAGCCUGUGAAGAAAGAUGAAAACUCCAGACGGGGAAACUGGGGAAACCAGAUUGAGUUUGUCCUCACCAGUGUUGGCUACGCAGUUGGGCUUGGUAAUGUCUGGAGGUUUCCUUACCUCUGCUACCGAAAUGGAGGAGGUGCCUUCAUGUUCCCGUACUUCAUCAUGCUGGUGUUUUGUGGCAUCCCUUUGUUCUUCCUGGAGCUCUCAUUUGGGCAGUUCACCUCUCUCGGAUGCCUGGGAGUCUGGAAGGUCAGCCCCAUGUUUAAAGGUGUGGGCUAUGGAAUGAUGGUGGUCUCUACAUACAUUGGAAUCUACUACAAUGUGGUGAUUUGCAUUGCAUUUUAUUACUUCUUCAUGUCAAUGACAAACGUGCUGCCCUGGACGUACUGUAACAACCCCUGGAACACACCUGACUGCAGUGGGGUGGCGGGAACUCCACGAGCGAAUGCCACCUUUGCCAACAUGUCUGCCGUCGUGUCCGGGGUGACUGAAAUAGUCAACCGGACUAAGAGGACAAGUCCUAGUGAAGAAUACUGGAGGUAAAUGCACAGAAUGUAACAACAGCUAGUGUUGCAUGUGUAAA